AUGAAGGUGGUGCGGAAUUGUGUCUGGUGCAAAGUGUUCAAGUGUAAACCAGUUGUACCAAGGAUGGCACCACUACCAGUGCAGCGAGUUACACCAUUCCUUCGUCCUUUCACAUACACGGAAGUUGACUUUUUUGGCCCGAUUAAUGUAGGUGUCGGUCGGCGAAGCGAAAAGCGCAUGUGGGUGGCAUUGUUCACGUGCUUACCGAGAGCGGUUCAUUUGGAGGUUGCUAGAAGCCUGUCUACAACGUCCUGCUUGAUGGCAGUCCGACGAUUCGUAUGUCGAAGAGGGUGUCCUAUAGAAUUUUACUCGGACAAUGGUAUCAACUUCAUAGGAGCCAGCAAAACAAUUUUGAGGGAUAUAAGUGAAGAAUGUAGCAAAAAAUUUACGAAUGCGAAAACGAGGUGGAGUUUCAAUCCCCCGUCGGCCCCACACAUGGGAGGAUUGUGGGAAAGGCUAGUUCGGUCGGUGAAAGAGUCGUUGAAGGAGUUGGAAGACGGGAGAUCACUUUCCAAUGAAGUGCUAGAGACAGCGUUGGCAGAAGCAGAAGGAAUGAUAAAUUCAAGACCGUUGACGUUUGUGUCGAAGGAAAAUGCGGAUCCUGAAGCGCUAACUCCAAACCACUUUCUUCUCGGAUAUCCCUCAUGUGACAGAGAAAUGAGGCUAUUACCUGGAAGUGAAGUGAAGGCAUUGCGAAAUCAUUAUGAGCGCUCGCAAGUGCUUGCCGACAAGCUGUGGAAACGGUGGGUAAGAGAGUAUCUACCGACACUUAACUUGAGGUCAAAAUGGCAAGACGAGCAACGUUUGGUGCAAGUGAGCGCUUUAGUUUAUAUGGCGGAUGAGGAGAACAGAAAGAGCUGGAUUAGAAGUGUAGUGGACGAAGUGAUAAGAGGUGCAGAUGGAAGAAUCAGACAGGUGGUAUUUCGAGCUGGUGGAAAGCUUUACCGGUGA